CAUGCGGUCGACGUUACCCGCUGAUAAGUAUAUCUGUAAGACAUAACUGGAAACUGUCUUUAUAAAUAGUAGGAACUCCACUUCGUAUGCUAGUAUCUCAUUCAUGGUCGAACUGAUUGUACGAACUAGUUUAUACAUUAAUACAGAAAAGUUAUAGCUGCAUUUUAUCGAAGUGCAUUGAGAAGGCCAUUUGCGUAAAGCCAGUGACAUCUAGUGUCGAGAAAAUAGCGCCAGUUGGAAGAAAAUAACUAACUAUCGUACAUUCUCUUGAAGAGAAUGUACGAUACAUAUAUUUGAAGCGGUAAUUUUUUAACGAAAAUAACUCGAAAAUUCUCUAAAAAUAGGGAAAGAAGUCAAUACCAGAUUAUACCGUACGUGAAACAAAUUAAGAACUUGGAAGAUCUAUAAAAGCCAGUGAAUGAACAGGGGUUAAUCGGUAAGCGCAAACACGGACACCAAAAAUUAUGUUAGCAACCAUAGCACCGAGUGUAUUGAUCUGGAUGAUGGUCAUCAUAACACCAUCUAAUGGAGCUCAUACCAUAACACCGCUACCGUACAACCAAAGUCUCUAUUUCGAUCCACUCGCAAAGGCACAACUCGUUCGAGAUAAAUGGACGCUCAUCGUGUACUUCGACAUGGAACCUUACUGGGCAGGCAUUAAAACUUAUACUAAAAUAACAGAGUAUCUAGACAAACUGUGCAACAAAAAUCAUGAACAUUCACAAUGUAACAUGAUAGUAACGCAACUGCGCCAUGACUAUCAAGAGCUGGAGUAUUAUAAUGAACUUUUACUCUGUCAGCAUUUUAACGAGCGGUCUAAGCAGGUUCGUUCUCGACGCGGUCUUAUCAACGGGAUCGGGAAUAUGGCCAAUGAGCUAUUCGGGGUACUAGAUUCUCGAUUCGCAGAUCAAUACACCAAAGAUAUCGAAGCGACUAGAGCCAACGAAAAGCACUUACUACAACUGUGGAAGAACCAAACGUCGCUCAUAGAAUCAGAAUUUAAUUUGAUGAAAACAAUGGAAACGACAAUAAAGAAACAACAUACAAUUAUAAACGCAAAGUUGGAUGCACUGAACAAUAAUACGAUAAUUUUACAAGGGCAAAUACACAACAUAACGCGCGUGCAAGAUUUCACAUUAACAGCGAUGGCCGGCAACAAUUUACUGCAGAGCCUCAAGCGACUUCAAGAAACCUUGUUGGAUACUAUAACUGAUAUUUACCACGGACAAAUAAGCCUGCACUUAUUAACACCGAGGCUACUGCGCUCAGAACUUCAAUUAAUAAAUAGUCAAGUGAGCAAUGAUUUGAAGCUGCCAAUUCAAAACAUAGAAACAGAUUUACACGAUAUCUACAGAUUGUUAAAAGUAAAAGCGCGAGUUACGCAGAAAUUUGUCAUAUUUGAGGUAACUUUCCCUUUGAUUAGCAGAGAAGUAUUCCAGUUGUACAGAUUGAUUCCGAUUCCGCGCAAAUUCAACAACGACAUGGUCGCCAUCGUACCUGCAGCGGAGUACAUCGCUCUCAACUUAGAUCAUGACUCCUACUUUCCCUUAACCGCUCACGAAUUAGACAAGUGUUUGUAUCAUGUCAGUUCGUACAUCUGCGAUACGGCAAAACCGAUCGAACGACUGGAAAAUGACGAAGUCUACUGUGACCACACAAACCACACGUGCAAAGUCGAGAAAACAAUUUGUACGAAUAAACUGAUAGAAUUAAACGCGACUUCGCAAUAUCUAUUCUUCUAUUGCGAGGCGCAUCCAAUAAAAAUCAUAUGUAAUAACCACAUCAGCGUUGAGCAAUUCAACCGAGCUGGUAUCAUCAGAUUGUCCCCAGAGUGCGUGAUUAAAGGGAAAGACUUCACUUUGUACCCUCACAGACGAGAGUUUAAUCAAAUUGAGAUUUCACCAGACAUUUAUUCGCCGGAAGUGGACCAGAUAAAUAAUAUUGUUAACUUGACGUUUCCUACAGAUGAAGUUACCAACACCGAUAUGGAAAAGAGCUUUGCCAAGGUUCAUGAGGAAAUACAAAAUAGUAAAUCUGCCGGGGAGGUGACGGAUGAUGUCAUAUCGUAUCACGAUAUCCACCAAUACGUUGUGAGCUACGCUCUGUGGCUCGUCGUGUUGUGUAUCACCGUGAUACUAUUAUGGAGGCGACGUUCUAGAAACAUCAAGAAAUACUCAGACAGCUUGGUGAUGGUGCAGUAAAUGUUCCCGUGUACUACAACAUGCGGUGCCUUAGCGGCUAUUUUAUAAUUUUCUAGUAGAUGCUAUUCAAGUGAAUGACCGUCGUUUAGUGGGACUCUUCUUUAUAAUUUAUAUAAUUAGUUCUACAUUUACCUUAGAUUUUAUUUGUAUUUAUAUUUGCAUGUAUACAUGUUAAGUAUAUUUCCUUCAAUUAAUUAUACUACUAUGUAUGAUAAUGUACAAACAUACUUCACAUGGACAAUUUAAGUACAACCGGUAUUGAUAAUAACAUGAUAUUAAAAACAAUCAAAGUUUGUGUUUUUGACUAAAAAAUCGUACAUUACAAUUGUUAUAAGUUACAACAGUUUUAUUAACAUGAGAUAUCUAUAUAAUAUAUAUAAAUGAAUCCCUAUGUCCCUUGGUCACGCCAUCACGUGUGAACGGCUGGACCGAUUCCACAAUUUUUUUUAUUGUGUUUGUUAUUGUCAAGAGAAGGUUCUUAUGAA